CAGCUUCCGAAGUUCUAGUUGUUUGAAGCUUUUCGUCCACAACCGGGAUGUCCGAGGAACCGACGUUGAGUGCCAUACUCCAAGACAUUCUUCAGGCGCACGUAUCAUCAUUGGCAAAUGACUCGUCUUACGAGAGUGCUAAAGCGAAACUUGCUGAAGAACGCAGACGUCUGGGCGGCCUGGGCCGUAAUUGGCGCAUGACGAAGGUGCUCAGCUACGAAAAGCUCGUCUUAGUCCUAGCACUUGUGCUUCUUCCCCUCGGUCGUCACUUUCAUGGGCGGCGGGAAUUUUCCGUUUCUUGGCUGGAGAAGUCCAUUGAUACGGUGAUGGGGUUAUACAUUCGAUUCAUUGUGUCACAGGCUGAGACCAUGAAGAAAUUGGCGUCCAACGACGAUUUUCCAGAUUAUCAGACUGUAAAUGCCACCCUAGAACAGGCUGAUAAUGAUGGUCCCGAGGGUGCCGAAGCUCAGAAACAAAUUGGUCUGUGGAAAACGCAGAUCGCUAACUCGCAGGGCAUAUCAGACCUUACAGUUUUUGAUGAUGUAUUUGAUGACAUCGAUACCUAUACCGAAGAAGUAUUUAGCGCAUGCGCUCACACUGACAUAGGCGAGAAGACCGAUGCAUACCUAAGCGCUCUGACGCGGUACCGUCCCAAGAUCAUAACGACUUUGCGAAAAAGGUGGUUGGAAGCGAGCAACGAGGCCAUAGAGGCAACCGAUAUCAUGCGACAAUAUGAUAAGAUCACAGCUCGUAUUGCUGUGUGGUUGUCACCUCAGGGUGAUGCAAACAAUGCACCCAUUCCCCUGCUGUCUGCUUGGUUGCUAGACUAUGCGUGGUCGUCUCUGAAUGCCGUCAAGGAAGGGGUCAUCGAAGUUUGCAGGUGGUUUGAGCCCCUUCUCGAAUAUUAUCCUCUUCUGCACACGAAAAGUCAUGAAAUGGAUGACAAAACCGAGGUCAUGGUAAACCAUGUAGCAGGGAUCUAUGCACCAGAUGCAGAUCUACAGCUAUGUCAUUUCUUGUGGGAGCGCCGAAACACUCUCAUCUUCCACCUUCACAACACGAUGUCGACAAUCAGUGAGAAGGAGACUCAACAGGACCGUCCCAAAGACAUGGUGCAGAUCAAUGAUACUUUCGACAAACUUCCAGGAGAUGAAAAACGAGCAUUCAAGCAGCUCCUUACAUCAAUGAAGAACGCUUCAAAAAAGGGCUUACACUCUAUGUAUGGAAUUGGUGCCCACGCCAUGCGCGUCACAGCAUGGAACUGGAGGAACAAGGCACUGAAGAAUGCGAAGCGUGAUAUUGAACCCUUGGUCAAGGCAGUGUUGCUCGAAUUACAAAAAGCAAGGAAAUACAGAGCCGCAAUCUUGACGGACCCCAUCGUCGCUGGCCUCAGAAAGCAACUCGAGGAUAUUCUGGUUCGAAUGAUGAAACUGAACUUUGGCUCUCGACUUGGUAACAAACUUGUGACGAGCACAACGUGGCAAUGGUGGGACGAGAUAAAGAUUCCCAAGGAUGUCACUCCCAUUAUGUCUACUAACAUAGACGAAAACUUCAGGUUAAAGCUGCGACAGACUCAGCUAGAGCAGCAGGAUCAGGAUGCGAUAACCGGGCUCGUCGCAUAUGUCGAACAUAUGACUUGUGCCAAAUCAACAACUGAAAAGGACAGUGUGUUGAAUUCGGAAGUCAUCAAGACGUUAAACGCCCUUGUAUAUGUAAGUGCUAAACGGUCUACCAAGGGAACAGAUUCCCUGCAUGUAACUUACACACGCAUCAGGCUCUCAAGUCCAACAGUACUCGUCUCCAUAACUGUAGCAUGGCGAGGGAUUCAGAUUUGUCUUGCGACGUCGGGGCAGCCGUUCAUCUCAAGAUUCUCAAAACGAGCGACCAAGACCCAGCAACCUCUUCAAAACGAGAGCGAUCCUCUACUGGUCUGUGCGUCGGGUUUCACUGGAUGUCCCAUCUCACUGUUGAUAUCUAGUCUCCGCAUUGCCCGGCACAAUGAGGAAAAGGGUUUGCAUCUCUCCCUCUCGAAAUCAUGUCACUUCUGAUGACGAUUAUAUCUUUCGUUGAUUCUCGUGCUGUAUCUAAUUCUUCAUGUGCUGUUUUGUUGGGGUUUCUCUGCACGCUCUUGUAAGUACAACUCAUCUACUAAUCCAAUUACGUAUCAUAUAUCAUAUACCUCGUAGUUGAUAAUUUCAUGGUCAUGCGGAAUUGCGGCAAGUCUGAUCGCGCUCGUCUUAGAUCAACGAGUGAACGGCAGCGGUACAUGUUACUUAGCUGAAGUCUAUGUGGUG